ACUACUAAUGCUAGCAGUUCUUCUCCGCCGACUUGUAGGAGACUAAUUUUGGCGUCUCAGCUGAAAUCCGCCGAACAAAUCGGAAUUUUUAGGAUUUCGUAGUGAUUUGUGGAAUGAGGACUUGAAAUUUAGUCUUGAUUUAUCCGAUCUACAUGAUUAUGGCCAAGAAAGAUACCGAAUGUGAUGUUUGUUCAGGUGGUCGGAGUGAAACAAUUGCUGCGAUAGCUGUAGGUAUUAUGUGUCUUCUCUUUGGAGUUCCCUUGUGGUGGAAGACAACAACUACAUACAGGGCAGCUCUUCCCUACAAUGAUAUUGAACAGAUCUUUCAACAAGAGACCACAUGCAGGAUUCCUGUAACAUUGGUAUCAUGCAGUCAAGAGCCGGAAAAUGGCUCACCGGUAAAAACAACUAGAAAGGUUUCUACAAUCAGGGCAAGAUGGGAGGUCAUCACUAAGUAUGCAAUACUCCAUGUAUUUCAGGAAUUGCUUGACAGCAGAGAAGAGACUUAUGGAGGAAUCAUCCUCAUUGCAGAGUUUGAUGGAAAACUGUCUAGAUUACGUCAGAACCCGGUGGGGGAGAUUACAGUCUACAUAUUUGACAAUUUUUCUGUUUUCUUCCCUGAUGUGAAGAUAGAUGUUCAUGUUGGACAACAUAGAGCUAUUUAUGUUAAAGGUUCAGGUCCAAAACUUGAAGCUUCUUUAGAAUCUGCUGCAGCAUUGAUCAAGACUGUGAUUGUGCCAGAAGCCAGUCUGGACAAGCAUUACAAGACUGCAAGAGGUGUCGUACACACAGUGGCUGAUCUAGAGAGCAUGCGUUCUUUCCGUUACACUCCUGGCUACGAGCUCUCGUUCACCUUGCUCAUCCCAGAACCUCACAAUAUUCAGGCUCACUGGAAUCUGGAUCACGCACAAAAAGUUUAUUUGGAUCCAUUGACAAGGAAGCUGGAAGAGUUUGCAGAGUUCACUGUGGCUUCCCAGGUCCUGUACUACACUAGUCUCUCAGUCAAGCCCAAGAAGAAAGAUUCCUCAUUCUACUUUUCUCAUAGCUCACUGCCUCAUAUCAUUACACCGGUUUGCUCAUGGUCACAUAUCAUUACACCAGUGGAGGCUAAGCUGGGGUCACACGCCACCAACUUUCCCAAUCUCAACUUUGUGGUCUACAUUCCCCCAUUGGAUCAGUCUCCUCUGUAUAUUCACUCCAGUAACGGCAAGCCAGUAAGCACCAAUGCAUUUCUGAGUCCAAGAUGGGGCGGAGUCUUGAUCCACAACACACCGAUCCCGGAUGAGAAUGCUACCAGGCCGGUAUGGGUGGAGGUGAAGAACAGUGCAGUGAUGCCGGUCUUCUUAGCUCAGUUAAGAUUACUCCUUGGGAUUCCGUCUCCAGACGAUAUUGAGUCCGUUUUGUUGGAGAAACCCAAGGAGCAUUCUGUCUUGGAUUGGGAAUAUGACAGUCUACUGAGAAGGCACUGUGUUGAAAACCUAGCCUCUGCUUCAGCUUCCCUCUUUUCUCUCUCUCAACUUCUGGAAAUAAGCAACAUUGUUAUCAACGAUGACAUCGCAAAACAAGUAUACACAGCAGUUGAGAGUAUACAAAGCAGUCAUCGCUUCUUGGCCGAGGGUAAACUCCACCCUGCCUUCCAUGCCUCAAAGAGGGCGCUGAUCGCUUCGGAAAAAGCCUUCUUUGAUCCGUCUCUUCUUCAGCUUCUUUACUUUCCUGAUGAUCAAAAAUUUGCAAUUUACAUCCCUCUGUUCUUGCCUGUCAGUAUACCAGUGGUCCUGUCUCUCAUAAAGGCCUUUAAAUGGAUUAAACAGCAAAGAGAAAAAGCAAGGUCGAUUGAAGAAAAGACGAGGACAUGUUUGCAAUCUCAUUUAAUUCUUUGUGCAACACAACUAACAAUAUGAAUUGUGUAUAUAUUGUUUAUAGUAUUGUACAUGUAUGUAAUAAGAUCAAGAUGAGUUCAAUAUAAGUAGUUUUGUGGACAAAAUGAUUGACAUAAGACCUGCAAGAGAUUAGGUCAAGGACAAUGAUACCCGACAAUGAUUAUCUACAGAAAUCAUGUUAUAUAAUAAUAAUAAUCUUUUAAAGUCCACUCAAAAUUUUAUUUAACCGAAAGAAUUCUUUUUGCCCAAUUGAUUGUGAGCCCG